GACGAAUGACUUCACUGGAAAAUCCACACAACACACGGAUGAUCUCAUUUAAUGUCGUGUGUCGUUUUAAUCCGAGCCAUUCUCUUGUCGCCAGAAACGUAGAUAUUUGGAAUGAUAAAAAGCCAAUCAUGUCCUCUCCUGUGCUUAAAAAAGGCAGACGAGUGAGAGUUUAAAAAUAACAUUUCGUGUUAGAUAAGACAACACUGUAGCCUACUUUCUAUUAGUCUUUCAAAUUUUCGAAAAGUUUACUUGAAAUGUGCGUAAAACGCGCAGUCGAGAGUAGUAACUCGCGGGCUUGAGUAAAAGCAGAGGUCGCUGAUGUUUACAUUCUGAAAGGCGCUGUCGAGGUCUGGGAGGUGCUGAAAUCUACUCGAGCUCCGUUCCGCGUGAUUGGCACGCUUGACAGUGAUUGACAGGCUUCCGUGAAAACUACGCAACCAAUCUGCCAAGUCCAAUAGAAAACCAGAAGUGGGCAUCACGUCUUUUCCCUCCACAAAACAUAUCUUCAUUCUUGUGCUAUAAUCUUGUGCCCUCGAAAUCUCCAACGGAGGCAGCCUCAGACCGAAAGAGCGACAACUCUAUUUCUCUGCAUCGUCGAGCGUUCAUCAGCUGACUCUGGAAUUGCCUUUUCGCCUGGAUUCGACAGGGAGGAGAGAGAGGGAGAGAGACAAGCCACAUAAAGCAGGAAGCUUUGAGCUAGAAAGGACUCCGAAAGGAGAAGAGAAGCCUUCAUGUUUCAGUUGCCAAUCUUGAAUUUUAGUCCCCAGCAGGUUGCGGGGGUAUGCGAGACUUUGGAGGAGAGCGGAGACAUCGAGCGUCUCGGCCGAUUCCUUUGGUCGCUGCCCGUCGCACCAGCCGCCUGCGAGGUGCUGAACAGAAAUGAGUCUGUGCUGCGGGCUCGCGCCAUCGUAGCCUUCCACACUGGGAAUUUCCGUGAGCUUUAUCACAUUCUGGAGAACCACAAGUUCACCAAAGAGUCCCACUCUAAACUGCAAGCACUUUGGCUGGAGUCGCACUACCAGGAGGCAGAGAAACUCCGAGGCCGCCCGCUAGGGCCAGUGGACAAAUACCGGGUACGGAAGAAGUUCCCUCUCCCUAAAACUAUUUGGGAUGGAGAACAAAAGACGCACUGCUUUAAGGAAAGAACCCGACAUUUACUUCGAGAAUGGUACCUCCAGGAUCCUUAUCCGAACCCAAGUAAAAAGAGAGAGCUUGCACAAGCUACGGGACUCACUCCCACUCAAGUGGGGAAUUGGUUUAAAAAUCGAAGACAAAGGGACAGAGCCGCGGCUGCAAAAAACAGGUUGCAACAGCAGGUGUUGUCUAAUGGCUCGGUUCGGUCCUUAGCUGGGGAUGAUGGUGCUGUAGACCGACUGGGGAACGCGUCGAGCCCUGAAGCGAGCCUGUCGAGCAAAGCCGCUGCGUCGGCGAUCUCCAUCACUUCAAGUGACAGCGAAUGUGACAUCUAACAUCACACCGCGGGCUAUAUCGGAAGACUAUGAGAAAAUUAACACAUACGAACGAAAUCGAGACAGACAAUCAGCAAGAUAAACAAGCACAUUGGUGCCUGCCUUAACGUAUCAGAGGCCGUGUUUUUAUUAUUAUUAUUUUUUUUUAUUUGUAGGCUGUUAGCCUACCAGCCUGGAAUCGUGGGAUUUAUGGAAUGCUUUAUCUUCUUUAAAAUGUAUUUAUCUUUUUGUGAAGGCAAAGUGGGGGAAAACACGAACAAAUGACAUGAGAAAAAAAAUCUGAAUUAAAACUACUUUUGUAAGCAAAAUCGGCUGCCUCAAGCAAACAGGCCCUACGGAAAUAAUAUUCACACUUUUUGUUCUUUUUGAAAAGGACUUCGUGGUGAAACAUUUUUUCUCCCAGGUUUUCUAAAGUGUUUACGCAUUAAAUUGUUGCUCUUAUAAAA